GUGAAAGUGAUGGUGAGGAUUUGCCCCUCCCAAGGAGCGCAUGAAACCUCCGAAUCCAUGUCCUUCCUCAAGGUUGACCCCCGAAAAAAGCAGAUCACGUUUUACGACCCGGCGGCAAGCGGCCCGGCCAGCGCCGGCCACAGGAGAGGCGUUGUUGCCGUCCCAAAGAUGUUCGCCUUCGAUGCGGUGUUCCCCCAGGACGCCUCGCAGGCUGAGGUGUGCUCCGGCACCGUGGCAGAAGUGAUCCAGUCUGUUGUGAACGGUGCAGAUGGCUGCAUAUUUUGCUUUGGUCACGUCAAGCUUGGAAAAUCCUUUACCAUGAUCGGCAAAGAUAACUCCACGCAGAGCCUCGGCGUCAUCCCCUGCGCCAUCUCUUGGCUCUUCAAAUUGAUCAAUGAGCGCAAGGAGAAGACGGGGACUCGCUUCUCCAUCCGGGUCUCGGCCGUGGAGAUCAGCGGCAAGGAGGAAAACCUGAAGGAUUUGUUGGCCGAAGUGGCCACCGGCAGCCUCCAGGACGGGCAAUCCCCCGGGGUUUACCUCAGAGAGGAUCCGAUAUGUGGAACCCAGCUUCAGAACCAAAGUGAGCUGCGGGCCCCCACGGCGGAGAAAGCCGCCUUCUUCCUGGACGCUGCCAUCGCCGCCAGGAGCACCAGCAAACCCGAGUGCGAGGAGGAGGAGAGGAGGAACUCCCACAUGCUCUUCACCCUCCACAUAUACCAGUACCGCAUGGAGAAGAGCGGCAAGGGAGGAAUGUCUGGGGGACGCAGCCGUUUGCAUCUGAUCGACCUGGGGAGCUGCGAGAAGGUGCUGAGCAAGAGCCGCGACGGAGGGGGCUCGCUGUGCCUGUCUCUCUCUGCCCUGGGCAAUGUGAUCUUGGCCUUAAUUAACGGUGCCAAGCACGUGCCAUACAAGGACAACAAGCUGACGAUGUUGCUGAGGGAGUCUCUCGGGAACAUCAACUGCAGGACCACGAUGAUCGCGCACAUUUCGGACUCCCCGGCCAAUUACGCAGAGACCCUCACCACCGUGCAGCUCGCGUCGCGGAUCCACCGCAUGAGGAAGAAGAAAUCCAAGUACGCAUCCAGCUCGUCGGGAGGAGAGAGCUCCUGUGAGGAAGGACACGUCCGAAGACCGCCCCAUUUGCGACCCUUCCACCCCCGAACUGUUGCCCUGGACCCCGACCUCCCCGUCCUGAGCAUCUCCAGUGACCCCGACUACUCCUCCAGCAGCGAGCAGUCCUGCGACACCGUCAUCUACGUGGGUCCCAACGGCGCGGCUUUGUCCGACAGGGAGUUGACGGACAACGAAGGUCCUCCCGAGUUCGUCCCCAUCAUCCCGUCCCUGAACAAGAAGAGAAGUAAGGACAGUUCUGCCCUGGGUCGGAGUUCUGACAAGGACCAUUUUAAAUGCAACACUUUUGCUGAGCUGCAGGAGAGGUUGGAGUGCAUCGAUGGCAGCGAGGAACCCAUCAGGUUUGCUUGUGGAGAAACCUCGGUUGUGUCCGGUUGUAGUCUGGUCCCUGGAGGAACAGAAAACGCACAGUCUAAGUUGAUAAAGGAAAAAAUAUCUUCUCCUUCUGGAGGAUUUAAGAAACCAGUUCCACAGGAAGCUGCAUCUCCCAGAAAGGGACACAACCUUCCUUUCCAGGCCGUCGCACCGCGGGGCGGCAAUGGCGGUUGUCAUGAGAAGAGCCCAUCCCACUUGAAAACGGAGAUUUCCAAGCCGCAGAGCAGAGCUGACAGCAAAAUGACAGACCCGGUACUGGAGGGGGAGAGAGAGGCAGUCCCGGAUUCCCCACUGUCCUCACGGGGUGGCCCUUCGAGGAACCUGGAGCAGGGCACGGCCACAGCUGAAUGUGUCGUAAAGGAGAAGUCCUUGUACACAAAGAGGCCCCUGCCAAGCCCUGCGCCUCCGCCUCCACAACACGCACCCAGCUGCAAAGCUGAGAGCUCGGAGCUGGACAACAGCAGCGCGGUUCGGACUCCUCCUGUGGGGAUGAGCAAGCAGAUGGGGAGCAAACCUGAGCACAGCCCCGUCGGGAGCACGUUCCUGGUUGGCAGCAACACCCAAAAUCAGUCGGGUGCCAUAGAGGUGCACAGCUUCAGGUCGGCGUUCAGGGGGAAGUGCUUUGACCGGGAUAUACUCACCACCACGGUGACUUUGCAGCAGCCUGUCGAGCUGAACGGGGAGGAUGAGCUGGUUUUUACUGUGGUGGAGGAGCUUUCCAUCAGCGGGAUCAUGGAUAACGGGAGACCUUCCAGUAUCAUCAGCUUCAACAGCGACUGCUCCCUCCAGGCCCUUGCGUCGGGUUCGAGGCCGGUCAGUAUUAUCAGCAGCAUCAACGAUGAGUUUGAUGCUUACACCUCACAGGAGACUGCUGCCGGUGUCAACAUUGACAUCGUCGUGCCCUUUGCUAAGGAUCCCUUCGCCAGCAGCCGCCGUUCCUCCAUCAGCUCGUGGCUGAGCGAAGUCAGCAUCUGUACGAUCGAGAGCGACGGAGCCCAGUCCAGCGACAGUUUUGUCGCGCAGUCGUCCUACAGCUGUAGCAAGUCCGAGGAGCCCUUCAACCUGGACUGCUCGCAUUUAUCCGUCCCCCUGAAAAGCGCUCUGAACGACAGCGGCUUUUGCUUCUCCGAGCUGGAGACGGAGAGCUUGAGUUCCAGCAUCAGCAAAAGCCCUCAGACCUCUGAAACUACCAAAGCAUCUCAGAUCAAAAGUGCUUUUUGCGUCACUGAUCAGCCCGUAAAGAUAAAAUUCAGCCAUUCUCGCGAUAUGCCCGUGAUAGAAACAAUACACUCUAGUCUUCCUAGGAAAACAAAAACUACCUCGUCUCCAAUCCACAAUAAUACCGUCCUUGGCUAUAAAGAGCUGCAGAAUCCCCAUGGCAUGUUUGAAGACCCCUGGCUGUUGCGCACCGAUUACCAGUCGGAAGCCAAACCUGCGGACUCGCUGCUGUCUCCAAAAUCUCACGCGUUUGGGACGGAGAAGCAGCCAGGAAAAGCUCCCCAGUAUUUUGACGCGGCGCCCGGGCCGACCAAGUCGCAGACGAUGCUGGCCUGUUCGCAGAGGGUCGUGGACGGCUGCGAAAUGGCCUGCAAAUCCUCCGGCGCCGCCACCAAGAAGUCGGAAGCUGCGAUGAAGAUGCCGCAGCUGAAGAGAGGAGCCACCACGCUGGGGGUGAUGCCAGUGUCGCACGCCAACAGCACUUUGUCAGACGCCGUGACCCGAGGGAAUUCGGACGCUGCCUUGGCCACUGGCAGCUUGAAAUCAUCACUUGGGAAGAAGAGCGCGCCACAGAAGUCGGCCAUGCUGCCCAGGCCGGGUGGGCCGACUCCUCCAACGCCUCCUGUGCGCAAAUCGAGCCUGGAGCAGAAACCUGUUGGUCUGGGUAGUGGUGGGGGAAAAGCCUCCGGCCUGGACUUUGCCAGAGCUGCCACGCCGAAGGCUGAGGACGAAGCCGAUCUGCGGUUGAAAGCUGGGUCUUACUUCAGCGAAAGCGCCAGCAGCAAGAUGAACCUGAAGGGCGACCACUCCUUGCCCAAGAUGACGUCCAGCUUGAAGGCGAAGGCGUCGAAGAGCGAAGCCGUGCACCGUUACGGCAGCCACAUGUCCCUGGAGAGGUGCGACAGCCUGACGUCGGUCGGGUCCAAAGCGAGCGUGGCGAGGGAGAAUGGGAGCAACAGCCGGGCAGGGCGCUCUGUCCCCAGGCUGGGGGUCCCCCCUGUUGCCUCCAGUGUGGGUUUACCACCCUCCUUCACCGCCCCUGUGCCUGGUAAAAGCAGCCAGGCCAAACCCAUGGCGAACCAGAAGGUGCAAGCAAAUGGGAAUAAAACCCGAGGCCUCUCCGCCAGCGGAUCCAAGUCCCUCAGCUCCUCUGUGAAGUCCCUGGCGCAGCCCGUGGGGAAGGGCUCUGGCGUGGCCCCCGGAGGGAAGGUGGCUCCCCGCUCCGUGCAGCCCGUCAGCGGCAAACCCGGCCGAGGGACCAUCAUGGGGACCAAGCAGAGCAUGAUUCGGGACAGCGAGGCCACCGGCAGCGCCUCCUCGGCGCACGACUCCAUGAGCGAGAGCGGGAUGUCGUCACCGGGCAGGAUGAGGAGCCUCAAGUCCCCCAAGAAACGAUCGACAGGUCUCCAACGCCGCAGACUGAUCCCUGCACCACUGCCCGAUGCCGCCUCCCUGGGGAGAAAACCCAGCGUCACUGGGCAGUGGGUUGAUCUGCCACCUCUGCCGGGCACCUUAAAAGAGCCCUUUGAAAUCAAAGUUUAUGAGAUUGACGACGUGGAACGAUUGCAGCGGCACAGACAAGAGGAGACCGAGCCUUUCCAGGAUGUUGAGAAGGGGCUGAUGUAUUUCCACACCAAGCUGAAGAUCCUGGAGAGGCGGCAGCAGCGCAUCAGGGAGGUCAAGGCAAAGCACGAGGUUCUGAAGGAAGAGUUGGAGGAGACGAAGUGCAGGUUGAUGAUGGACCCUAAUAAGUGGAAGGAAGACU